CAAAAAACCAAAUGUGACAUUAGUUUUUUAGGUUAAAAAUAUGUGGCAACUGGUAAUGUUAUAAACUGUGGUUUUUUAACACAUUUCGCACAAAUGAAACAAAACAUGAGCUUAUCAUAUAUCUAAUAAAAUGACUAAUACUGAACAUGAACCUUUGCUCUUGUAAUAAACAGUUCAAAACAAUACAUUUCAAAUGGCUAGUUCGACUGUUUCCUCUGUGAUGGAUUGGUCUAAAGAACAAGUCAAGUUUUAUUUAAAAAGGGAAGGUUUGUCUGAAUAUGCUAUUGCGGUGCUAUGUGAUGAACAUGGUGUAGACGGAAAAUGUUUGUUACUAUUAAAUGACAAUGAUUUUACGCAGGCCCCUUUAAAUAAAUUAACUUUAAGAGACAGAAAGUGCCUUUUCUUAGCUUACAAGCUCCUUCAAAGGGAAAAUCAAAGUUCGCUUCAAGAGCUUGGUGUUGUAGAACAACAUUACCAUGUAUAUAGUUGCCAAACCUAUGGUAGUAAAGUCGAAAGUGAAUAUGGAGAUUCAGAAAGAAUAUCACCACCAUUAUCAGAAGAUGGUAGACCCAGAUAUCCUCCAGAAAAAAGAAAAGCCUUCCUUAGCUUUAUGUAUGUUGUAGCAGUUACUUGGAUUACAGCUUUUGUUAUGGUGAUAGUACACGACAGAGUACCUGAUAUGGAAAAGUAUCCCCCUCUUCCAGACAUAUUUUUAGAUAAUGUCCCUUUAAUUCCGUGGGCAUUUGAUAUGUGCGAAAUUACUGGAACUGUGUUGUUUACAAUGUGGUUAAUUGUAUUAAUUUUUCAUAAGCACAGGUUUAUUCUUAUGAGAAGAUUUUUUGCUCUCUCCGGAACAGUCUUCCUUUUGCGAUGUGUUACUAUGCUCAUAACGUCCCUAAGUGUUCCCGGAUCUCACCUACAGUGUCAGCCAAAAAUAUACACCACACAAGCCAAAGGAAUUUUUGGAGAUCUAGCUAGAAAAUUGUCGCAAGCUUUUGUGAUUUGGAGGGGAGCCGGAAUGUCCAUUAGAGGUGUUCGAACAUGUGGAGAUUACAUGUUUAGUGGACAUACAGUAGCUUUAACUAUGUUGAAUUUUUUCAUCACUGAGUAUACUCCAAGGUAUAUUUAUUACCUUCACACUCUUUCUUGGAUGAUGAAUAUGUUCGGCAUCUUUUUUAUAUUAGCAGCUCACGAGCAUUAUUCCAUAGAUGUUUUUGUAGCAUUUUACAUUUCCAGCAGACUAUUUUUAUACUACCAUACUUUGUCCAAUAAUCAGGCAUUAAUGCAAAGAGAUUCAACGAGAACAAGAGUUUGGUUUCCGCUGUUUUCCUAUUUUGAGUCCAGCGUGGAGGGAAUUGUACCCAACGAGUAUGAAACACCAAAGCAGAUAGUAGCAAAUGUUAUAAAGUUUGUCCACGGAUUUUUCAUUGAUGUUAAGAAAACAGUAUCCCAACCCUUGGUUACCGUUUCUUCUAAACCGGUUGUUCAAAAAAGUAGCAAAACAAUGAAAGAUAAUAGUCGAAAUUCCAAAACAAAUAUUAAGAAUAGUGUAGAUCCUGAAGAAAAGAAAAAGAAAUGAAUCGUUUUUGUUAAGGUAUUUAUGCAGGCCAGUCAAACUUUGAUAGUUUCAUAAACUUCUGCAUUUUAGUACAAACAAAUGUAUAUUCGGAACCAUUUAAUGUUCAAUUUUAUAUUAUAAAUAUUCUCUUUGUUUACUAGGCUGCUGUAAUUAUUAGUUUUUUUCUAUUGUUCUUAUCAAACUCACUUUUAUUUACAGGCACACUUCAAACUUUUUCUCUAAUUUGAUAUCUGCCAUGUUACUUUUAAAUUGACCUGUACCUACUGUGCAUGUUAGAACUGUGUUCGAACUCAAUAAUCUAGUCUGAAAACGGUACACUUUCAAAUGAGCUGUAGAGUACCCCCUUAAAAUUUUGAUAACUUUUCAAAUGCAGAUAGCCCACAAAUAAGUAAGAAGGAAAUAAUAUUUAGGAAAACAUGUUUUCCCAAGAGAAAUUAACAAUAUUGAAUUUUGUUAAUCAGCAUCCUCUGUAUCUGUUGCCGGCUGGAGCUAACAUUUGUAAUGUGCGUAAAAUUAUUUAUUAAGUUUAGCUAAGUACUUUAGCAAUAGCACAUGUCAUCAUCAGAGCUUCCUAUAAAGAACAGCCAUAGAAUUUUUUAUACAAAUAAGGUGGUUGAAGAAGUUUCUUAGAAGACGUCUUACAGGUCAUAAAUGUCUCAUAGAAGAGUAAUUGUUUAAAUACAACAUAAUUUUUUUUUAAUUAGAUGCAGGGCUCAGCCUCUCAUCUAAGAUGAAAACCCUUUCAAAUAUUAAAAUUUUUCAAAUCUGAUGUGAUUAGACUACAAUGGCUACCACAUGGCAACAGAAACAGCUGUUACACUGGCAUUUUUUACAACUUGUCAUUUGCAAUUUAAAUAUGCAUUACUAAUAUAUAUGUCAAAUGGUGACAUAUAUAUUAGUAAUGCAUAUGGUGCCGAAACUUUAACAUUGACAGCUACAACUUCUAAAAUGCUGCAAAUGGCUCAGAGGAAAAUUGAAAGGUCAAUGCUGAGUAUAUCGCUUCGUGACCUAGUUAGAAAUGAAGACUUAAGACGAAGAACAUGAGUUACCGAUGUAAUUUCCCGAAUUGCCACCCUGAAAUGGAACUAGGCCGGACACGUCGCCCGAAUCAGUGAUGGGAGGUGGACGAAGAGAUUACUUGAGUGCAGGCCGAGAUUAGACAAAGGAAGUAGAGGAAGACCACCUACUCGUUGGAUUGACGAUCUCAAGAAAAUGUCAAGAAAUUGGAUGCAAAGUGCUCAAAAUAGAGCACAAUGGACAAAAAUGAGGGAGGCCUAUGUCCAACAGUGGACGCAAAGGGCUGGAUGAUGAAGAUGAAUAUAUAUGUCGAGUCGGAAUAGUUUCCGUAAACACGCUUCCUUCUUCAUCAUUUCUUAAAAAUGCCAGUGUAACAGCUGUUUCCGUUACCAUGUGGUAGCCAUUGUAGUCUAAUCAUAGCAGAUGUGAAAAGUGUUAAUAUUUGAAGUGGUUUUCACCCUAGAUCAGAGGCCUAGCCCUGCAUCUAAUUAAAAAAAAAAUAGUAUGUUGUAUUUGAACAAUUACUCUUGCAAAAAAAAACUGAAAAUGGUUAUUCAUUUUUAAUUACUCUUGCAUUUAUGACCUGUAAGACGUAAAUUUUUUCAACCAUUUUAUUUGUAUAAAAAAUUCUCUGUCUUGCAGUUCUUUAGAUGAAGCUCUGAUGAUGGCAUGUGCUAUUGCUGAAAGUGCUUAGCUGAAUUUUUGGUAUUUUAAUAAAAAGUUUUACACAUUAUCAAUUUUUUUGAAAAUAUACACCUGUUGCCGGUUUGACCUAUAUUUAGAGAUGUGUACAAGUCAUACAGUAUUUUUCAAUAUUUUUCCAUAUACAGUAAACGCCACCGUACUAGACACAUGGGCAGGUACCUAAUUGCUAUGCAUAUGGGCUAAUCCGGUCCAUUCUCAGAUGUGACUUUCAAUCCCUGUCGUGUUACUGUCAAGAAACUAUUCAAAAUGAUUGUUUUCCGUACAAAAAAAUACAUUAAUUAAUAGUAUUAUUACUCUGCUUUAAAAUAAAUUUAUUCAAACCCCAAGAAUAUUAGAAUAUUUUAAAACUUUUACAACUUUAAGAAAAUGACAGCUGAUCUAUUAUUUGUCAACUUUCUAGGUUAAUAUUCAGUUUACAUUUAUUUUCUGACGUUCUAAACGUCACUAGACAUAAAAAUAAACAUUGAAACAAGUGAAGGGUCCAGGACUGUAAUAGCUCAAUAGCUCAUAGCUAUGUAUCUAGUAUGUUGGCACUUACUGUAUAUCUGUGUCCCUUAAAGCCGUAUUAUUUUUUCCGCUUCAACAUUGUUUAUUUUUGAUAUUUCUUGACAUUCGUAUUUCUUUGUUCGUCUUUUUGUAGUAUCUGUGGCUUCGGCUUGAUGCCUAACUUUUACUCCACACUUAGAUCUGAAAACACGAGUUAGGCGUGCCAAGUAUUUUUGCAUUUAUUUAAUAUACCGAAAAUAGCCCCAUCCACGGAAGUCGUAUGAAUUGUCUAAGUAUAUUGUGAUAGGAUUGUCAUUGUCCGUACUGCAGCAACUAGUCUCGCCAGCCCUUAGUCAGCAUACAGUGGACUCUCGCUAAGAGUUGUGUGGAAAUUGAAAUACAAUAAUCUUCAGCUGGAAGGAACCUACGCUUGAUAUAUUGAGUUAUUCUGAAUGUUGCCAAAAAGCUGCUGAUGGGUGAGAUUUUUUAAAGAAAAGUGUCGUAUCUUGAUCCAUUUUGUUUGGGAAAUGAGGAUUAUGGGUUUGUUCCUUUUUUAUGGCUCUUAGUAAUAGGACUAUUCAUAGCUGCUCAUUUGUUUUGAACACUUGAUCUAUGAAGUAUAAUAUAUACAGGGUGUUUGGUAAAGAAUGGGCCAUAGCUUAACCUUAGAUUCCUGAGGUUAAAAUAGGUCGAUUUAAGCUAACUUACCCUAGUACGAAAGUUGAUAAUAACGGAAAUACAGGGUGUCAAAGUUAAACUUUUAUUUUAUUUAUUUUUGAAUAUUUCCUGACAGGCAUGGGACAACAACACGAAAUUUGGUAAGUGGUGCUGGUACUGUACACCCUACUAAAUUUUGUUAAACAAACGUUUCUGACUACUAUUAGAGGCGUACGACGGGGGAACGUGAAUGGUUGACCCUUCCCAAAUUCUACGCCACUGGCGGAAUUUCUAUUUUAGUGCAAUUUUUUGAUUCUCCAAUACUUUCUAUGUAAAUAACAUACUCUUCAUUCGUAACGAUAAAGCCAUUAGUUUUCGAGAUAUUUGAAGCUAAAAACGAAGGAGCAUAAUACAUUAAUCAAAAUAAGUGUGCCUUUUCAUUUUUAACUUCAAAUAUCUCGAAAACUAAUGACUUUAUCGUUACGAAUGAAGAGUGUAUUAUUUGAAUAGAAAGUAUUGGAGAAUCUAAAAAUUAUGCUAAAAUAGCAGUUUCAUCAAUGGCGUAAAAUUUGGGUAGGGUCAACCAUUCACUUUCCCCUGUCGUACGUCUCUGGUAGUAGCCAGAAACGAUUAUUAACACAAUUUAGUAGGGUGUACAGUGCCUACACUUUCUGCCAAGUAUCACACGGAUAUGUCAAAUAGUUUUAUAGUACCGGACACACAUAGUUCUUAAAGUUUUAAAUACAGAAUAAAUUAUUUAAAUAAAAGAAUGCUUUAAAGUAAUUUGACAUAUCUGUGUGAUACUAGGCAGAAAGUGUAGGCACUGUACACCCUACUCAAUUAUGUUAAAUAAUCGUUUAUCGCUACUACCAAAGGCGUACGACAGGGGAAAGUGAAUGGUUGACCCUUUCCAAAUUCUACGCCACUGAUGAAACUGCUAUUUUAGCAUAAUUUUACUUUCUGUGCAAAUACUAUACUCUUCAUUCGUAACGAUAAAGUCAUUAGAAAGUAUUGGAGGAUCAAAAAAUUGCACUAAAAUAGCAAUUCUGCCAGUGGCGUAGAAUUUGGGAAGGGUCAACCAUUCACAUUCCCCCGUCGUACGCCUCUGGUAGUAGCCAGAAACGUUUGUUUAACAUAAUUUAGUAGAUUGUACAAUACCAGCACCACUUACCAAAUUUCGUGUUGUGUUCCAUGCCUGUCGGGAAAUAUUAAAAAAAAAUAAAGUAAAAGUUUAACUUUGAUUUUCGGUAUUUCGGUUAUGAUCAACUUUGGUACUAAGGUAAGUUAGCUUAAAUCGACCUAUUUUAACCUCAGGAAUCUAAGGUUAACCUACGGCCCAUUCUUUACCAAACACCAUGUAUAAACGUCAUUAGGCUAUGUCUAUGUAAUUGGGAUAUACCACUGACGUACGAUGGAUAAUAUAUGUCAUAGAUGAAGUAUUCCAAACAAAUGGGCGGCGAUAGCCAUGAAUAGCCCUAUUCAUGGCUUGUCUUAAUUUGCUUUCCUGAUAAUAGGGCUUUUCAUUCCAAGUCAUGUAUUUCGAGCUUCUGUUAUAUGUCGUAUAAUCCGUGUAUAUAUUAAUAUUAUACACAUAUUAUACACCAUUUGACAGAAGCUCGAAACAAAUGACAAUCGAUGAAAAGCCCUAUUGAUACAAAUAAAUUGUAAGUAGUUUCACAAAUCCAUAAUUCUAUGUUGAAAACUCCAAAAUGUAUUUUAUAGAGAGAUUAAAGUUAUGAAAUGUUUACAUUAUCAUCUUAAUUUACAUUAUUGCAAAUGACAGUCAAUUUACUUUGUUAAAAUAAACUGUCAAAGUUUGUACGAACCUGCUUUAUAUUGUGUUAUUGUUUAUUUAUUUUAUGCACCUGUUAUUUUCCAAAAUAAACCUAUUCUAAAUGAGAAA